AUGAGUCCAGGCAAAAGCGUCCCACUGUGCGAAGCGACCGAGUCGCGUCCGGGCGUCAUCGUCACCGACAUGGACACUGUCCAAGAAGAGAACGAUAAUGACAGUGACGAGUCGUCCUAUUCCGAUAUACGGCAACUAAGGGAACGUACGAAAGCAAUGGUGAAUCCAGGACUCGAACAACUUUUGCAAAAUUCAAAUUCGCAACCAAACAGCCGUGGUGUAUCCAACGAUAUCGAAGUGAAGCUGGCUGCUAAUCUGAACACAAGGCGACCAUCGGCGAUAAUCGCAGCGUUUCGCAGACCAUCGCAAGCACUAGCAUUAUGCGCGGCGACACAGAGACGCUUCUUGUCCGAAAUGACACCGCACUCGCGAACCUCCGUCGCUUCCACUCAUGAGUCACCGCCUUCAGCAGCUGAACUAUUGGGACACGAAGCCUUAAGUAAGGCAUUAUCGGCACUGUAUGCUAAACUACUAGUCGUGCUCGGACUAGCAUUUCCUGUCACUGAGGUUAUUGCGAAUGGCGUUCCAGAUGCCUAUUACCGGGGUUUCUACUUAUAUCUUUACCUAGUCUCACUAUUAUUUGUUAUAUUCCUUUAUGCGAAUCUAAUACGAGAAAGGACAUUCAACACAAUAUUAAAUAGUCACGUAGUUAUUGAAAAAGACGAAAAAUUUAGCACUGGAAAAGCAACACCCAAUGAAAAACCAAAACAAAAAGAAACUAUUUCUCGUUACGGCAGUUUUUAUUUAAGGCUAGGGGCUAUAGCAUUUGGCAUUGGAUCAAUGGUAUAUAGCGGUUUGGAAUUUGGGGAAUAUUUUGAAAUGACGGAUCGCUGUCGAUCAUUCCUUUCCGCACUAACUCCGGCGUUACGUAUGGCCUUGACAAUUGUUCAAAUGCAGUUUAUAUUUUUAACAAAUAAAGAUAUUAAGACUGGAAGCCAUAAAAUGAUACAACGAUUUGGGCUUAUGCACUUGAUAGCCACAAAUAUGUGCGAGUGGCUCUAUGUUCUGGUCCAAGAGACAAAACACGAGAUACAUCAUCUAGAACAUUCGAUAGCUUCAAAAUCGAAUGCCAGCCACAGCGAAAUGGAGGAUAUGCCAUGUAAAAGAUCCAACGUAAUGGGUGCACUGGUACAAAAUGCAUCACCUUUUCUUUUUCCUUGUACUAUUGAAUAUUCGCUCAUAUGUGCCGUUAUUCUAUAUGAAAUGUGGAAAGAAGUGAAAUGCACCCCGGAAGACAUUGAAAAAAAAUUAAAUUACCAACCAAACAAAUCUCGCAAUAACUCAGUAACCCCUGAAAAAAUCUUACAACAGUUUGCUGGCAUGUUGGGCGUGAGUUCUCCUCACGGCAGUCGAACAACAUUACAUCACUUCUCAGUGGAUUGCUCUCACGCACAUCGCGGGUUAUUUGCAGGAAUACUUGUUAUUGUUAUCACUAUAAUAUCAUUAAUCAUGUUCUUUGUACUCGUCAACAAUCCAAACACGGUUAAUGAUGCGAUAUUUGAAGUAAAUAUUUGUGAGUUAAUACUGUAUUCACUGUCUAUACUGGCAUCGGCCACUGCUCUAAAACAAAUGAGAGAGCUAUCUUACAAAAGAAAAUCCCAGGCUGUUCUUGGGUUAGACACAUCACUGUUGAUUCUUGCACAGUCUGGAAUGUUCGUGUACUGCAUGUUUAGCCUGAUUGGGUGUCACCAUACGAUGAACUACAGCAAUAGUGCAGGACUCACUGGUUUUUUCUCAGAGUUCUUAUCUUUAAAUCAGACAAUUCUGCAAUCUUUGUUUAUUAUCGACGCUUGGUGGCGUCGAAGCAGUACCUCAGAACAGAGACGAAAAAAGCCAGGACGACAACUAGUCACCUUCCUACUCGUUGCAAACAUGGCCAUGUGGGCAAUUAACACGCUUGAAAAGAAUCGUGCGGAAUUCCGACCGGCUCACCUCGCCUUCUAUGGUCCGUGGGCGUGGACGAUCAUCACACACGUUUCCAUGCCUCUGGCGAUAUUCUACCGCUUCCACUCCACCAUAUGCCUUUUCGAAAUUUGGAAGAACUGCUUCAAGAACAAACCACUUUACUUAAAUAUUUAAUCUUAAUUUAAGAAUUCAAUAAAGAAAAUAAACACA